AUGGGGUUGGAGAAAUUCUUCUUUGCAUCCAGACACCAGCACAAAGGCCCCGGCAACGCGCUGAAGCUCGUCAAGUAUCCCCGAUUCGACAAGCAGCCUGACGGUGUUCCCCGUUUGUCCGAGCAUACAGACUGGGGCAGCUUCACUCUGCUGUUUAGUGAAACGCCCGGCCUCGAGAUCCGCGACCCCGAUGAUCAGUGGAUGAGUGUUCCCACGGUCUCCGGAGGCGUGGUGGCCAACAUAGCGGAUGCAUUGUCUCUCUCUGGACGAGCAAGAAGUUGA